AUGGACGACCCAGAUGAGGAAAUAGCUGUCGUCGGGAUUGGAUGCAAUUUCCCUGGAGGUGAGGGGUUGGAUAAUUUCUGGAGGGUCCUGUUGGAAGGAAAGAACUGUGCAGCAGAUAUUCCAGCAGAAAGGUUUGACUCAACGUUCUGGUUUGAUGCAGACGAUAGCAAACCCGGAAAGACACAAACAACCAAAGCAGCUCUGAUAGAAGGAUUUAACGAGUUUGAUCACAAGUUCUUUGGCAUCACUGAAGCAGAGAGUGAUUUCAUGGACCCUCAGCAGAAACUCCUCCUCCAGUGCACAUACAGGGCGUUAGAGGACGCAGGGAUGGCUAUGGAGAGCGUCAGCGGAAGCAGAACUGGAGUUUACAUCGGUCUGAUGAACAGGGACUACGAGAUGCUCCGAAGUAAUAAUCCCACUGCAAUCACCCACUAUAACGGCACUGGGACGGCCAUGAGUGUGGCUGCCAACAGAAUUUCCUUCACCUUCAAUCUCACCGGCCCUUCCUUCGCCAUCGACAGCGCCUGUUCCUCAUCUCUGGUGGCUUUACAUUUAGCUUGUCAGGCUCUAAAGCAAGGAGACUGUGAGAUGGCUUUGUGUGGAGGUGUCAGCUGCAUCAUUGAGCCGAGAGUUUUUGUUGCUCUCACCAAAGCAAAGAUGAUCUCACCUGAGGGGACGAGCAAACCUUUCUCCAGGAGAGCAGACGGCUACGGCCGAGGAGAGGGCUGCGGGGUCAUUCUCCUGAAGCCUCUGAAACAUGCUGUAAAAGACUGCAACAAAAUCUGGGGUAUCAUCAGCAAAACAGCCGUCAACCAAGAUGGCCGCUCGGUCACUCCGAUCACCAAACCCUCCAUGACACAGCAAGAGGAGCUGCUGCGAGGAAUCUACUCAGAGUCCGACCUUGUAAAUGUUCAGUACAUAGAGGCACAUGGCACUGGAACCCCGGUUGGAGACCCAACGGAAGCAGGAAGCAUCUCUAACGUCAUCGCUAAGGCCAAACGUCCCGGAUCAGAGAGACUGUGGAUUGGCUCGGUGAAGAGCAACAUCGGACACACAGAAUCGGCAGCCGGAGUAGCCGGGCUCAUUAAGGUACUUCUUAUGAUGAAGCACGAGACCAUCGUUCCCUCCGUCUUCUACUCUGAAGACAGUGCAAGUAUAGAUGUAAAAGCUCUUAAUCUAUAUGUUCCAUCUAAAGCUGAGAGGUGGGAGACAAAUGGGUCGUUACCGAGAGUAGCUGGGAUCAAUAGCUUUGGGUUCGGAGGCACAAACGCACAUGUGAUUUUAAGGGAGUAUGGAAAGACCACCGUUCCCAGACAGAUCACUAAAAGUGGUCCAAAACUCUUUGUGGUUUCUGCAGCCAAUGAAAAAUCAUUGAUCCUAACAAUUGCUGACACCCAUCAAAAGCUUAGCAUUGCUCAUACACUUGAUUUACAGGCGUUGUCGUAUACCUCAGCGUGUGGGAGGAGUCAUUGCAGACACAGAUAUAAAAAGGUCUUCCUCACAACUUCCCUCUCAGAUUUACAAAACAAGCUGGCAACUGCUCUCAAAUCAAAGGUUGAGUCAACAAAGUCUGACCUCCAGGCAGUGUUUGUGUUUUGUGGGAAUGGCGUUGCCUACAGGGGCAUGUGCCAGCAGCUCAUGAGAGAGGUUCCUGUUUUCAGAGAUAAGGUCAGAGAAGUUGAAAUUCUCUUCCAGAGUCAUAAAAGCUCAAGCAUCACUCAAUGGCUCACUGGUGAAUAUGAUAAUGAUGAUUUCAGCAAACCAGAUUUUGCCCAACCUGUUCUUUUUGCAAUCCAGAUUGGCAUUGCCUCUCUCCUGAAGCACUGGGGCAUCAAACCUGACGCUGUGCUUGGACACUCUGUUGGUGAGGUCGCUGCAGCUCACUGCUCCGGCCUCUUGUCUCUUGAAGAUGCCGUGAAAGUGUUGUACCACCGCAGUUCUCUUCAGAGCAAGGUCACAGGAGGGAAAAUGCUCGUUGUCAGUAAUGUGGCUGCAGUAAAGGUUUUAGAAAUCCUCAAAGUCUUCUCUGGCAAAAUUUGUGUUGCAGCUCUCAACAGCCCUCGGUCCUGCACACUGUCGGGGGACUCAGACGCGAUAGACAUCCUGCAUGAAAGGCUGAAGACUCUGUUUCCAGGUGCAAACCUUUUCCUCCAUAUCUUGGAAGUCCCGGCAGCGUAUCAUAGCCACAUGAUGGAUCCUAUAUUAGAAGACAUUAGAAGAAGCAUAGAUCGUUUAGAUGCCAAUCAAAUGGAAUGCAAACUUUUUUCGACAGUGACUGCAGACAGGUGUUCGGAUGGGGACUUCUGCACUGGGACGUACUGGGCAAAGAACAUCCGCGAGCCUGUUUUAUUUGAGCAAACACUGCGUGCUGUUGCUAAAGACAAGCAGUCAAGGGGAAACAUGGUGUUUGUGGAGAUUGGACCUCGUAGGGCUCUUCAAAGAAACAUAUGUGAGGCUCUGGGAAAUGACACCAUAGUUCUUUCCUCUGUCCAUCCAGAGAAAGAUUACGCCACAAUCUUGUCUACCUUGGCAAAAGUAUUUGAACUGGGCAUUAACGUGGACUGGCAUGAAGUGUACAGAGGCUACGAAACAUUGCCCACGACUCUUCCAAUCUAUCAGUUUGACUGCUUAAAGAAAGAUCUGAAUUUUGAAGAAAUGAGAAAGGGGAAUGAAUUAUCAGCUUUUUCUCCCCAUCCACUCAUAUCCAAAAUAAAGCCAAAUAACAAAGAGUACAUGUGCAACCUCUCACUGGAGAGUGCCUCUUAUCUCUGGGAGCAUAAGAACAAUGGUGUUUCCAUCGUACCAGGUGCACUUUAUGUUGAACUAGCUUAUGCCUCUGUGAUGGCGAGCUUAACCCCAAAGACACCAGUUUCUUUUCUCCAGCUCAGUGUCAGAUUUGAGAGUCUGUUUACACUCAGCUCAAAGUGUCAUCAGUUGAAAGUAAUACUUGAGCAUGCUGAUAACGAGGCAUCUUUUAAGAUACAGUCUGCUGUUGCAACACAUGCCUCUGGGACAUACACGAGUGCAAGCAGCCAACCUCUCUUAGAGGAACCCACCAUUAGUCUCAACGUGAUUUAUCAACGGUGCAGAUUGGUUAUGAAGAGAGAAGAGAUUUACUCAAUUCUCUCUCAAGCAGGAUUUGAAUAUGGCUCUGUCUUCAAACAGCUCGAUGAGGUGCGUUUCGGGGAUGAGUUUAAAGAAGCUGUGACAACGAUUCAAGUCCCAGGGGAACUUCUGAAACACCUUCAUGACUAUUUCAUCCACCCUGUGUUACUGGACUAUUUCCUCCAAAUGACUGCAGUGGUGGCUAUUGGACGGCUAACAGCCAAGCAGGGAUUCCCCUCAGCUAUAGGCUGUGUCACAAUCUCAGCUCCAUUACAAGAGAAGAUGGUCAUGUACUUACGAGCGACUCAAGAGACCCCAGACUUCCUGGAAGUGUGUGGUUCCUUCUGCACCACUGAGGGGGGAGUACUUGUGGAACUCAAGAAGGUGAGGAUCUCAUUUUUGAGCGAUGGCUCGAAUGUUGUUCAGUCGCUGUUCUUUCACAAUGAGAUAUUUCCAAUCCAUGACAAGGCAGACUCUCAAAGUUUCAAAAUAAAAGCACUCGUUUUUGAAGACAAACUCUGUAUUACCAAAAGACUUCAGCCGUACUUACUCCCAGAGUCGGUCAUCGUGGAGAGCAGAGACAACUGGACGUCUGACCAGCUUAGAGAUGUAGUGUUUGACUCACUUAAUGCUAAUAUGGACUUGGAAGAUGUUCUCUUUAUUUGGGGUGUAGAGAACCUCAGUCAGUUGUCACCUGAGCAGACGUUGGAGGCCUUGGUUUCUUGCUGUGAGCAAUUUCGCCAGAUUGUUUUGGCCUUAAAAGUGAAAAGACCAUCUUGCACAGUCCACGUCAUAACAUACAGGUCAACAGAAACGACUGUGGACCAUGUGAGUCCGGGAUUUGUUCUGUCCGGUAUGACAAGGGCUUGUGCGGCAGAGAUGGACAGUCCGUCCUUUCAGCUGAUUGACCUCGCUUCUGUGACAAGUGAAGACGUUCAAAUGCUGGUGCAUGUGAUCAACACCUGCAAACAGCAAGAGGUCAUGAUCAGCAAAGGGAAGGCAUCAGCAACCAGAAUAGCACGCACCCCAUUGAAGUACGAGGCUUUAUGUGAAGGUGAUGUGAAGUCGUUGUAUCUGAGCGACUUUGUUCUGCAGACAUCUGACUCAUACAGAAUGCUUUGCUUGUCUUCCAGUCCCUGUGACACCAAUGUAAAUCCUCUCCAAGCGAGGUCUGUUGAGAUCCAGCUCACCAACGUGUGCGUGCACUCGUCCGAUUACUUUCCUGUCACCACUUCGCUGUUAAAUUUCGGCAAGACGGUGUAUUGGAAUCAACACACGUUGCAGAAUCACACACUUCUGCUUUUAGAUUUCUGUGGCAUUGUCACAGCCGUUGGGAAAGAUGUUCAAUACGUAAGGGUGGGAGAUCAAAUUGCCUCAUGUUACCCUGUUCCAGCCACGGGUAAGAUUAGAGUUCCUGAAGCUGUGUGCUACAGUACAAAGAGACUCCCCUUUCUGAGGGAGACUCCAUGUGUGUCUUACUUCAUACUGGCAUGGCAGAUCCUGCAGAGGAUGCUGCCUAAAGUAAACCAGCAGCAGAGAAAGCUGACGAUUGUCUCCUCUAACCUCGCCUCUGCUCUGAUUAUAGUUUUAGCUCUGACAGCAAACCGCUCAGGCUGGAACGUUUCCUCAAGGCCACAUUUCAGAGGCACACCUCUACAUGUUGAUCAGAGUCAUGCGUUUGUGUUUCUGCCUCCAUUUGAUGAAUCUUGGCAGGAAAUACAACACAGGUGUGACUUUGAGAGACACGCUAUUUUCGCAUGUAGCAGCCACAUGUCACCAUCACUCUCUGCAAACAUGUUUGCAUCAAAGAGUGAGAACUUGCACAUACAUAAACUUGAUGUGGCUGAUGUUCUCCAGAGAGCCACUCUGCAGGGUCAGAGCAGGGAUGUCUUUAAUUGGCUACAGUUAUUAGGCUUUGAUAUAACAUCUCUACCUUUGAAAAGAGACACAUUUCAAUCAUCGAGAACAAAAGAGCCUCAGAUCGAAUCUUAUUUCACCACAAAAACAGUGCAGCAGGUGGUUUUAGAUAUCGGAAGAUCUCAUUGUCCAGUGUCUGAUAUCCCUGUGCUCACCAGGCCUGGACGACUGUUUAAAGAAAGCUGUGUUUAUAUUGUAACUGGAGGUCUUUCCGGUUUGGGAGCUGAGACUGUGAAGUUCAUCGCCCAUAAUGGUGGAGGUUGUAUUGCAACACUGUCCAGGAGUGUUCCAACAGAUGAGACGCUUUCUGAAAUGGAACUCCUCAAGAGAAGAUAUGGUGUUUCUGUCAUUCAUGUCCAGUGUGAUGUUUCUGUGUUGACGCAGGUCGUGGAUGUGAUCUCAGAAAUUAACCAAAGAUUUUCUCCUUUUCCAAUCAAAGGAGUGUUUCACAGUGCUGCUGUUUUACAUGACGCACUGAUUGAAAACCUUGAUGAGUCUCUCUUCCGAAAAGUGCUGCAGCCCAAAGUGAGCGGGGCUCUAAAUCUUCACUGUGCAACACUUCACAACAAGCUUGAUUACUUUGUGUGCUACUCUUCCAUCUCGUCUUUCAUUGGCAACGCCUCCCAGUGUAACUACGCAGCAGCCAAUUCCUUCCUGGACAUUUUAUGUCACUACCGGAGAAACCUUGGACUUGCUGGACAGUCCAUCAACUGGGGACCCUUGAAUCUCGGUCUCCUGCUUAACAGAGACCAUUUCCAGAAGUUCCUAGAGACAAAAGGGAUGAUGAUAAUGAGCGUGAGCGAGGUUCACGAAGCACUUGAGAAGUGUCUGUUAAUGAACAAACCUCAACAAGUCAUAUGCAAGUUCAACUUCAAAAACCUCAACAUUCACGUGCUUUCACAGAAUUACUCUCUCAGACAGCGACUGUCAGCUUUAGUGGAAACGGAGCUCAAAGAGGAUAUAAGCGCUGAACCCAAAGUUCAGCCUUUGCACUCCACAAAUGAAAUUGUACGAAAAAUUGUCAGUGACAUAAGCAGCGUCAGUGUAGAUGAGCUGGAUGACGACUCGGCUCUGUGUGAUCUGGGUAUUGACUCAAUGUUGGCCAUGACUCUUCAGAACAAGAUUUUCCAGGAGACGGGAGUGAAUGUACCUUUGGUUAGAAUACUGGACCCGAACAGUACCCUGGCCACUUUGACAACUAUUGUAAUGAAUGAUGGAUAA